GUCAAGCCUAACUGCUCAGGCGAAGUUCAACCGCCUAUUAGUAAGGCCACGUGUCAGUGGCAAUGCAGGCCUGAACCACGACCACAAAGUACUAGUCUGGUCUUCAAGCGUCAAGCUGGACUCGCAUGGAUUUUUUAUCACAGACAUACAUCGCCCUUCGUGGUCCGACAGGCGCUCCUCAGUCUGCGCAGGACACGAUCGCAAAACUUAGUGAUCGGUUGUCUCCUUCUACUCUCCUUGCGGAUAGACGCGCUGCUGUCCUUGCUUUGAAGGGUUUGGCUCGUGAUUGCAAGCAAGAUGUCGGUGAUAGGGCCCUUCCUGGUCUCCUCGAAGUCCUACAGAAUGAUGCGGAAAUAGAUGCGGAAAUUGCGAAGGCCGUGCUCGAGACUAUUACCCAGCUCUGUGAACCUGAUGACGAUUCCAAGGAUCUUGCAUUAAAACACACAGACUACGUUAUCGGACACGAACAGGCAAUUCACAUUUUGUUCUCCCUCCUUGGUGACACGCACUUCUAUACCCGUUACGCGACACUGCAGUUGCUCUCGGUGCUACUACAGAACCGCCGGAAUCAGGUUCAAGGAUAUUUCCUCAAAGCCCCGGCUGGUGCCUCGAGUGUCAUCGCCGUCUUGGAGGAUAAGCGCGAGAUCAUUCGUAAUGAAAGCAUCAUCAUGAUUCAAAUGCUUAUAUCUCAAAGCCCUGAUAUACAGAAGGUGCUUGCCUUUGAAGGUGCAUUUGAAAAGCUCUUCAAUACUGUUACGCACGAAGGCGGAUUGGAGGGAGGUGUGAUCUCUCAGGACGCGCUUCGGUGUGUCGACAGUCUUCUUCGGUAUAAUAGCUCGAAUCAGAGUUACUUCCGCGAAACGUCUCUUCCAACGUUGUUAUGCUCCCUCUUGCUCUUACCAUCCAACCUUUCCCUGCAAGACGCAACUCCACAAGAGUUUGCAUUACAAUUUUGGGACUCACAAAAAGUGGCAAAUGUGUCACUGGUGCUUGGUAUUAUGGGAAUGUUAGUUGGGUCUAAAGGCAGCGGUCAGGAAUUAUCCGUUUUCGUGCGAGGCUUUGUCGAACUAGCCCUCGCAUCCAAUGCACCAACGCCCCUCAAAACUCAGGCGCUCCAUCUCCUUCCCAGCACGUUGACUUUCCCGCUUUCGGAGGUGAUUUUGACCCCCUAUAUGCCUGUGCCUGAGACACGCGGGGAAGAAUGGGACAGACUGGAACCGGCGUCCGCGCUUGAUGCACUUGUAGAACUCGUACUGCACGGAGAGUACAACGGACUAUACAGUGAUAGUCGUGCCAAGGAGGGACUCGAAUUGAGGAGUGCAGCUGUAAUUGUUUUUGAUAACUUUGUGCGGAAAGAGGACAUCAGACAGGCUAUUGUGCAAGGGAUGCUUCCUCCCCAACAACCAAAUGAGGUUCCAAUGAUAUCGCCCCUUCUGCACUCUCUCUGCCUCUCCCCAUCAUCCCCUCUCAACAUCGCUAAUGUGACCUCCACUCAUCUCGCGACACUCCUCUUUGCACACCUACUCUCCGGCUCCCCAAGAGCAAAAACUGCCGCUCGGUCUAUCAAGCCUUCUUCGAACAUUCCAGGAGAGACCCUAAGUCAGGGACCACUUUUUGUUCCUGCAGACAGUACUCCAGCACCAACACCGCUGGACGAGGACGAGGAAGAUGCCCCACAGAGUUUGUUGCACCUCUUUUCCGAGAAUCUCUCAUUGUGCUUCCUAUCUUGUUCGAGGGCUGAGGACGACCGUGAGGAACGUGAGUGGAAUAGAUUGAUUGUCGGGUACAUCUGUCUGCUUGCACAGUGGCUCUGGGAUGAUCCUAAAGCCGUGAGGGAAUUCUUGGAAGCCGGCGGGCUGGGCACACUAGUGGAGCCUAUUAAUCAGACUUCCGAGUCGGAAAACCUCAUUCCUGGACUGUGUGCCUUUCUCCUGGGCGUCUGUUAUGAGUUCAAUCGGGAACCGGGGGAGAUCACUCGCACUACUAUCCAUCCCAUUAUCUCUCGGUUGGGCGUAGAUGUGCUUGUCGGUCAUAUGACCCGCGUACGAGAGCACGACUGGUUCAAGUCUAUCGGCCCCGAGUCCAUGGUGCUCCCUUAUCCAUCCAAAGCGCUCCCGGGUACUUCACCCGCGGAACAAGAAGGCGAAAUCUGGUUUGACUGGUCUUUUGUCGACUUCUGGAAGUCAAAUCAACAUACUAUCCAGAGGGGUCUGACGGCGGACCCUAGCACUCUGGCUUCAUCGUCAGGUCCAAGUGCAGAGUCCGCAAUGCUAAUUAAUUCUCUCAAAGAAGUCAUUCGCUCCCAGGUACAGGAGAUUGACGCAUUGCAACUUCGUCUCAAGGAGCUAUCAGCCACCGAAGCUCGAUUGGCUGACUCAGAGACGCAUGUUGCGGAGCUUGAGGCUGAAUUGCAAAUAUCAGAUGGCAAGAAGAGGGAGGUCGAGAAGGAGCAGGAGGAUCUUCUAGUCCUCCUCGAUGACAUAACCACGAAGCGCAGACGGGACAAGCAGCGGAUGAGAGAAGCGGGCAUGGAGGUUUCCGAGGAUGAGGCAGAUGAUGACGAUGACGAUGAUGACGAAGAAGAGGAUGAAUAAAGCUCAGAACACAUCAGAUUUCAUUUCCGCUAGGGCCCUGCCGCAUCUCAACUUGAACAUAUCACCUUUCCAGGCUAUCUCGAGUACAUAACCUUGUGCCGGAUGCCCAUGUUCACCCCGAGGUUCGCAGCAUGGCUUUAUUUUGUCUAGCAUUCUUCAGUUCCAAGCACGAAUGCUCCGGUUCGAAGCUAUAAAGAAGUGGGAUCCACACAACAGAAAGGACAGCACAAAGUGUUUGCAAUUGUAUCACUGUACGCACAGCUAAUAUUGAUAUUCCUUGAGCGGCGUGGUAGAGCACACGCAUAUAUAUGGU